AUGCGAAGUAUUGAAAAUGCGAGCAUUACCGAAGACAUCACUUCCCUAACCGAAUUAGAUGAAAAAGUAAAAUUAGUAAAUAGUAAAACAGGCUUUCCUCCAUUUAAAGAAAUCCCACCAAUAGUUAAAUUUAACCAAGAAACUAGCCAAAAUGGCUUAGAUUUUGAUACUUACUGCGAAACUAUUUUAAAACCUUUACUAGAAGGAAGGAAAUUUAAACCUACUUUUGCCACCCAAGCCAACUAUCAAGAACUAGAACGAAGAAUUAAGGAAGAAAUAAAUCCGUUGUUAUCCUCUUUAUGUUCGCAAUUUUCUUCUUUGAGUAAUACUAAUGAUUUAAAUGCUUUAUUGGAUAACUAUUUAAGCAAGAUUUUUCAAGGGCUGGUUUACGCGGAGGCCAUUCAUGACGAAUUAGGGAAGCAAUUGGGAAUUACUAAUCAUAAAAAUUAUAAAUUGCAACAUACUAGUAAUCAUCCGGAGCCUGGUGAUAAUUCCGAGGAGGACCCAAAUCCUCAUCCAUCCAAUAAUCCAGUUAUUAAAGAAUUUCAACAAAAGGCCCAAGAGAUUAAAGAAUUAUUGAAACCUUGUGAAAAGUUAAUCAAAUCUAUUGAAGAAGUCAAGAAAACCAAAGAAGAUUUAAAAAGCCAGUUGGAAGAAAAAAGAAAAAGAGAAUUAAACCCUGACGGCACCGAUAAUCUUACCUCCAUAGCAACCAAAAAACAAAUAGCCAAAGUUGAAUUAGAAAUUACCAAAAUUGAAAAUAGCGGAUUAUUUCACGAAAUAGAAACUGCAAAAAUCUAUCUCGCUAAUUUUGCUAGGGAUAUAAUUAACUUUGAGAAUGAAUCAGAAUUUAUGAAAAAGGACAUUGUGGCUCGCUGA